CUCCCUCCUCCAGCCUUUCUCGCACGGCGCGUGGUGUCUUCCGCCGGUCGAUUCUCCCGCGAAGUUCAGAAUCUCAGUUUUUUCAAGAUACGUGGGCACGGGACGGGUUGGGAACAGCGAGAAAUUCAGACCCAGUUGCGUGGCUUAGAAUGGACCUAUUACUUCCAUUUAAAGUUGGAGAUGCUAUAGAGACAAGAUCCUAUGGCGCUGGUUAUAGGGGCGCAUGGUUCCGUGGCAAGCUCACCGACAUGCGUAUCAGGGAAGGUCACCUGGAGUGUCAAGUGGAGUAUAUAGACUAUCCAGAUGAAAAAAGGAGAUGGUCUAGACUGUACAAAGUUCCCCCAAAAUGUCGUAAUCAGAAAGCAGGUCAAAAUAGGGAGAUCAUGUUACGACCUCGUUUUCCUCAGUGGUGUUGGGAGAAUGAUAUUCUUGAGCAUUGGCCACAGACGGAUAUUGUAGCAGUUGUAAGCAGUCCUUGGAAUGUAGGUGACUUGAUUGACUGGUGGUACAAUGAUUGUUUCUGGACUGGCAAAAUUAUCGAGUUUCUGGGUGAAGACAAAGUUAUGAUAAUUUGUCCUGAGAUACCAAUAGGUGAAGGUGGAUGCUGGGCUGCCGAUACCAAGGACCUUAGGCCAGUGCUUGAUUGGUCCCUCUUAGAAGGUUGGAGCACCCCUCUUUCACAGGUGGCUUUAGAGGAGUUUGGGGUGACCAUGGGAAGUAGAAGCGAAGCUAUUAAGGAGAAGAAAGACUAUGUCAGACCCUUGCAUGUGGAAAGGAGUGCAGAUAACAUAGAGAAGUACAAGGUGGCAAACAAGGCCACAAAGCAAGCUGUCAGGGAGGCUUUAAAAAGGAUGAAAGGUGGCAAGGCGAUGGACCCUGAUUGUAUCUCCAUUGAG